CUUCAUCUGCGCGGUUUUUUAGUUGAAUGCAGCGAAUUCCAACCUAUAAAAAGGACGCCUGUGUUUGACAAAGCGAGCACCAUGCAGGAAGCUCGAGGCCACUCACGCAAAGAAAGCGAUGACUUCUCAAAGCUGUGUUUUGGGAAUGACAGCGAAAAUCUCGAAAGUGGCGGUGAAGGAAACUUCUAUAUGGACCCAGCUCUGGAACCGGCGUUGUCUUUUCAUCAACCUAAAACUUAUUUUACUUCUAUCUCCUUUGUGUAUGCUUUAAGGGAUGUUUCGACAACCCUUCGAUUAAGUUUAAUUCGACUGUACGUCCAUCCCGUGGGUGCUGCAGUGGUCUUACUAGCCGCUAUUUUGAUUCCCGCAUUAUUGGGCUGGCGUGCUUUUGACUUGAAUUAUAAAGAGAAGGGAGAAUAUUUGGUGAUAGAUAAAUCUUUAGAGUCGUUUGAAAUUCCGGGACACAUCACUUCCGAACAUAACGACUUGGUAGACGUCGCGUCCAAGCUGUCGAAAGAAAGCAAGACGGUUCCUCGGCGAGAAUCUCCCAGAAAAGGACGGCGAAAACGGUCAGCCGGGAUUCCAGACAUAAACCCAAAGGAAAAACAUGCCUAUCCAUUUCAACAAAGACCGAAAUGGACUCUGGAACUCGUGUAUCUUGCUGUGGGAAAAGAUGAAUCUGAUUUGAACAUUUUCACGAAAGAGCGCUUGGAAACUAUUCAUCAAAUUGAACAGAAUCUGAUACGGCUAGAAGACUUUGCUGAUUUUUGCUGGAAAUGGAGCAAAGCAAAGGAUGAUUAUUUUCUUCCUAACGGCUGUACGCCUCCCAUUUCGCUUAUAGACUUUUUCUUUCCGUCGAUUUCCCCGGACUUGGGUCUACGUAUAAAUGACGGGCAAGGAAAAGUUAACCUGACGAAAGAAAGCAUAGAUCAGAGUUUGAAACUGCUACUAACAAAGCCUUACGCGUACUGGUUUGUGGACGACUCGUUCUCCAAAGACCAUCGAAAGAGCAGGUUUUUACGUGCCGAAAUAAAGUUUGGUUCGCCUUUGCACUGGAAGUAUGGGUACCAUAGCAAACAACAGAGCAAAUCCUUCAACACUUUCCUAGUCAAAUAUGUGGAAGCUUUGAAGAAAAUGUCAACCGAGUAAGUAUCUUUUUUCUUCCUAAGAUAAGCUUACAUUUAUUAAGUGGGAAGCCGUCUCUCUUUAACACCCUCGCUUAAAUCCUUUUGUUGAAUUUAAAUACCAUGUAAAAGGAUUUUCACAAAAAUGAUAUAUGUAGAUAAGAGCUUCAAGAGCUUUUCAGGUAAAGAAAACCGGCCAUUUCAAAGCAUUUUCAUCGUUCAAGAUUAUACGGAUGUUUUUUUUAUGCUUUUCAAGUAUAAUAAUUGCCUUGAAGCUGGGUGCUUAAAAUAAAGUGAAGAUAAGAGAAGAUCGUGUCUGUUUGCAUUUUUUAGGAUUUGUUUUUUUGAAAAACAGGAAUUUGUAAACAAAAUUCACGAUCAAUAAUGAACUAUACCUAAAAGCGUUGUCGAAAUGCUUCGUCAUGAAAUGCAAUGAAAAAUCAUUGAGGCUUGAAAUUAAACCGCACUUUUUUUCUACAUUGCUUUAUGAGUAGCUUUAAAAUGCAGCUUUGAAAUUAGGUUAUUUAGUUUCACUGAUGUUUUUUUUUCGCAAAUCAGUCAAUUUUUUGAGUACGCUCAUGCCCCCCCCCCCUUCCCCUGGGGCAUAUGUCAGGCAUUUGUCAAGUUGUGGGCGUGUGUCAUGAAAGUUAUGCUUACGGGGGUGGAGUAUUAGUUUUGUCAUCGUUGAACUUAACAUUUAUCGAAGAUUCCCCACCACCUUUCAAAACGGAAAAUGUAUUUCAUACAUAGUUGUUAAGGGCCAUAACCUGUAACACCUAUUGUAGCUGAGCUCACUUGAUGUUACAGGUGAGCAAACUGGAAAGCUAUAGGUAAGACAAUAAAUUUUUUUGAGAGGCUUAAUUUACUGCUUGAAAACUUAAUGACAGCCCUGUCAUUUGAAAAGUACAACGUGUGAUUCCAGAAAAUAUCCAUACCCCAGCGUGGAGGGAAUUUCACUUAGGACCCCCCCCACCUCCCUGGAUUUUCCAUAUUUGUAAGGAACUGAUGACGGCCCCCGCCCCUCCCACCCCUCUGGAAUUUCCACAAAGUAAGACAAAGACCUCCCAACCCCUCUGGAAAAGUUUAUUUUCACAAAAAAAGAUUAUCAAAGUAAAGAACAAUGCCAUUUGUGGUUAUGCCGUGGUUUUAAUUUAGUUUAUUGAGUGGGCUCAAAUUAGAAGGUUGUAUCUGUCAGUUUACCUUGUUGUGUAAGCUUACGAUUUUUUUUUUCCAAAUGGCCGGUAGCUGUCUAUAAUGUUAUAAAUCGCUUCAAGUUACUCGGGUUUAAUUGUUUAAUUAAAUUACCUUGACAGACGCUCAGAACAUAAGAGUCAGCAGACUCUUAUUUUUUAACUUCUCCUCGUAUAAUUUUAUUGCGGCUUUGGCUUCACUGCUUGCUGUUCGUGUGCUGUAACUUUGCAAAGAAAGGCCUAGCAAAACCCUGGAAGAUGGGGCUGGGAAUAGGCGUGCUUGGAAUUGACUGAGCCUUAUAUUUAUUUAUUCGUUUAUUUACUUUAAGGAGGUGGAUAGUCUUUGGGCGCGAUCCAUUCAACCAAAAUUUCCGGAAAUUUCGGUCCAAAACUCAAUGGAUCGGUUCUUUCCAACCGUAAAAGUUUUGAAAAAACGGGUCCACCUUUUGAGGUGGUCCUCUUUUCCCGGUCGGAUCGGUCUGAAUAUAAGGUGUAAAUCUAACUUCUGCCUUUAGUUUUAAUGUUGUAGUCUUGAGGUCUGUGUUGUAACAUUAAUGUGUUGGGAGUGGACACUUAUCUUUAAUAAUAAUGAUUUGCAUGACAAGUUUACUCUGUGAACUCAGUUGUUAAAACUAAAUUUCCUUGCAUGCUUAAUAGUUUAAUAUUUUGAACAUCUGCCCUAUAUGUCAAGCAUUUUCUGACAAGUUCUAAACACUCUUUAAGUUUUAUCCUUUUUGAUAAUAGCCAGCGUGUAAUUUAUAUUCCUGCUUGUAAUUCAAACAUACAUCCUAAAGUACAUUGGAACAGGAUAAUGAUCUCUUAAGAUAAAAUAUGACAACUGUAUGACUCUCACCAGCAGGAUUUAAUCAAGCCCUAUAAGAUAAGAAUAAGAUAAAAUAUGACAACUGUAUGACUCUCACCAGCAGGAUUUAAUGAAGCCCUAUAUAAAGUCAUGAAUAUUCAUAAUCUCCCUGCUGUUCUCCUUACGUUUCUUUUGCGACAAAGGGGAGCAAUUGAUCACUAAUCACAAAUUUCUUUGUAUCCCAGUUUUAAUUUGUUAUUUUCUCUGAAUGCAGCUGCGUGAGAUGCAAACAAUUUGACUUUUGCAGCAAGCUGUGUGCUUGGAUGGGUGGUUUUGUGGCUUUCUUGCCUGUCUUGAUCUUUGUCUUGGUAGUGAUAGCUCAUUAACAUAAUAAAAUUCUUGAAAUACAGUAAAAACCUGCGAGUAAGAAGGCUUAAAUUUGCCAGUUAGGCCCCCUCUACACAAGAACCUAUUUAGCCUAAAAUUUGAAACAGGUUCUUAUUUUCUAAAAGCUAGGUAAAAAUUCUGUAUACUUGGGGAAAUAUAAUAAGUGAACAUUCAGGAUUCUCAGUUUGGAGGCAUCAGUGUCUUAUCACUCCAACUGCAAUGUACUACUUCACUAGCUACCAGUGGAUGGAGCAGAGAAUAAUAGUAUUUUUAAGAUUAAUCUCAUAUGUUUUAACCCAUUCGCUCCUGAACGGCCUGUAACCGCCUGUGUGGAUCCACAUCCUUUCUACCCUUUGUGACGUCAUCAGUUAUAAUGGUCAAGGACAACUUUAUCUGCUAACUUGUGCAGAGUGAAGAGAUCUUUCAAACCAUACCAGAAUGAGCACAAUUCAGUCAAGGACACCAGAGAAAGAAGCAAAAAACCAUGUGACAUUGACCUGAAAAUCUCCAUGAAAAUCUUGUUCCAUUGCUCACCUACAUUUCCUUUCACCUAAUCCUAAGAUCCUAAAAGCUGUCCUAAAAACUCUUCCCACCAAAAUGAAGCCUACUAAAUUCCCAGCAAGAGAAAAAAAAUGAAGCAAGAAAAGCGAAAAAAGAGGGGAGGAGAGAAAGCGAAAAGUAAAAGUCAAGUCUGCUGUGUCACUUUUAGACCCAAAAACUUUCAAAAUUUUGCUUUCUGCGCAUGCCCAAACUUCGCAAGCUGAUAUUUUGCAUCUGGAUCAGAAGGCCGCCAAGUGUACGACCUGUAAACCGCUUUGUGGUAAGUUUUAGCUCUUUAUACCACGACAGUGACCGGAAAACCACUCGACUAGCUUCAACAUGCGUUUUUCGGCAAAAUCUCCAGGAGCGAAUGGGUUAAGCAAGGGUGUGCUGUAAGGAAAAUUAAAGGGAGCACAGUGCUCUGAAACUGUAAAAUCCAGGGUGCCCAAUUAUUGUUUAAAAAAAUACGUUUUUCUAGUUGCCCAAGAGCAAAAGUUAGGCGCCAGGAGCCACUGGGCUCUGCUAGAGCACAGCCCUUGUUUUAAGGUACUUAACAAUUUAGCUUCUGGUAAUCUGAUAGUACCAUUGCACAUUUAUGAACCUGCAAGGUGUCCUAAUCACUCAUCUUCUAAAAAAAUGGCAAUUUGUUAUUGAAGCCUGUGACCUAAAGGCACACGGCCCCAGGGCUUUUUCAGUCAUUGCCCCUAUCCUCUGGAAUGAUCUGCCCAUUGAUAUCAGAUCGAUUGACAAUGUAAAUAAAGUUAAUAAAUUCUGGGUUGAAGACCUAUCUUUACAGUGAGUUUAUAAACUGUCUUAGGAUUUUAUUUUUUUAUCAUUAGUCUUUUUUUUGUUUCUGCUACAAUGUAACAAUAAUAUGUAAGUUAGUCCAGGAUUCCUGUUUUUUGAUAUGGAUUAUUUAAAGCAUAGCUCUUGGCACUGAAAAGCAUAAGGGCUAAUUAUAUAUAUUGAGAUUCUAUAAAAGGAAUAAACUGCAUAUCACUGUAGGGAUGUAGAUAAUAGCUGGGAGCUAGGGAAAAUACUCGGUUGUCAACUUGAUUUUUCCGGCUGAAAAACAUUACAGUCUUUAAAAAGGCAACUGCCUUCUUCUCAUACAUUAUUACCCAAUGCUCCCCCCGCCCCCACCACCCUCAAAUGCCAUUUCCCAUCUGUUAUAAAUUUAAGCUACAUCCCUGGUGCCACAAAAUGCUGUUAGCAACUUGUAUUAUUUUGUUUUCAUCAUAAAAUAAAAACCUAAGAACCUAAAUAACCUAAACUUGUGCUAAUUACCAUUUAUGUAAUCUUGAACCUGUCUAGGCUAACUUGGGAAAUUGUUGGUUCUUACUCACUGGUUUUUACUUUAUCUGAGUUGUCCUUAGAUUUUUUAGUAAAUCCUUCGAAAUCCACUACUCCAUUAUCUAUUGGGCCCUAUUCUCCCGUGACUAUAUUUUAUACUGGUAGUUAUACCCUUGCUAACCUGAUUUCUUUUUCGUUCAUAUCCAGCAAAGUUCAUAUCCUUUAUGGAGGAAAUGAUAUCUUUGACUAUGAGGUGGACAAGACUCUCUGGGCUGACAUCAGACUCUCUAUCUUCACCAUGGUUUUUGUUGCAGCAUUUGUGUUAGUCUUCACUAGGUUCUCGUUGUGGCUGACAUUCUGGGGGAUCUUAAGUCUUCUUACACCAAUCUGCUUAGCUUACUUUUUCUUCCGUGUUGUGUUUGAAAAAGUGAGUCUGGGAAUACUAAGUGGUAUCUCAGUCUUCAUCAUUAUUGGAAUUGGAGUGGAUGAUGUGUUUGUUUUCAUUAACACGUUCCGUCAAGCACAUGGUGCCAAAAACUUGGAAACUCGUAUUGCUCACACUUUGUGCACUGCUGGGAAGGCCACCUUCUUCACUUCAUUCACCACAGCAGCAGCAUUUUCUGCCAAUUGCCUUUCUGAGGUACGAAUUUAAAAAAUGUUCAACUAUAAUAAAUUAAUGACUAUGUCAGAAAAGAAUGGUCUAAUUCUUUUUGUAGGACUGUGAGUCUGUGGAACAGAUCAGAAGUCUUUUCUUUGUAUCUGUCAUUCAUCCAGUCAGUGUUUUGUUAUUAGUCUCAUGUAUCAAUUCAAUGGAUCGAAACGCACCAAUUACUGAUUACAAGUCUUCAUAGCCAAUAACAUCACAGCUUAACUGACAGACGACCAAUAACAUCGCGACAUAAUUGACCAAUCAGAUCAAUAACCAGAGUAUAAUGCCAUCAACUUACAUGAUACAACAGGUUGUCAAAAUGUCAGUCACUGGUCAACAACAACAGUCCUAUUCAGGACUACGUUCACCCGGACGAUCAAACUCAACCUACUUUUGAAAUGACUCUUGGGUUCAAACCUUUCACAGUUCAACGUAACAAGUGUGCAGACGAUCUGGAUAAUACAAAAACCAUGGCAUGUCCCUUUGGUGUUCAUAUUCACCUGGUUCUACUUUAUGUGAUCAUUGAAACGUAAACUCUUUAGCAGUACACAUGUACUUUGACAUGACGUUUUAAUGUGUAGUGUCCAUACUAUUCUUACAAAAUGGAAGUUUAAAUGUAAGUUUUAAUGUUUUUCAUUGCUUCAAGGUGCAAAAGGUUAAUAAACCAUCAAAUUUCUUUUCUUUUAUUUUAUUUUAAUGAUCAGGGUCGUCACUGGGCUCAUGUUGAAUGACUCAUUUCUUUCCUAUUACAGAUGCCUGCAAUUCGUGAUUUUGGUCUGUUCAUGGCACUUAUAGUGAGCUUUUGCUGGUUAACAGUCUUUUGUACCAUUCCCCCUGUCCUUAAUUUGUGGCAAAGGUUCAUUGUCCAAUGGGAGGAAGUCAUAUUCGAUUCUAUUUGUGGCUGGACCAGUCAUUUGUUUGACAAUGUGAGAUAUACCUUACCUGGUAAGUAAUUCGCCUUGAGAAAUCUGGCCUCCCUUCUGCAGGCAUAUUUUGCAGUGUGAACAAUGAUACUAAUGUUCUCCUGCCAUCUUGGAUGUCGAAACUGACAGAGAGGUGGGGCAGGUCAAAAAAAGAUUCCAAGGGAGAGGAUUUCAAGGUGGCGGACACGAUCAGUGUUCCUCUGAGUUUUCCUUAAAAAAAAAAAAGUGUGCUCUUCAAGCUACCUCCCGUCCAGUUUUCACAUUCAUCAGGAUGUUACACCAGAAAUGUAGACAAGCUUUUUAAAAAAAUUUUGUCAUAUUGCUAGGAAACCUCAAAAAGUUUUCUUCCCAAGGAACAAGAAAACAUUUAUGUUCAUUAAAACAAGCUUAUUUAAUAUUAACAGUAAUGAUUAGGAUCCUGUAAGUAAUUAUUGUUACUGUAGUGAGGAAUAUUGUUCAGUGUUCUAUCAAGGUUUCACUGUGAAUCUCAAAGAUUGAAAGCUCUGGGCGUAGUUGAUAAAGUGCAUUAGGGUGAUGAAAUCCAUUGACUCCUUUGUUAUAUGUUUAUAUGUUUGCCUUUUUUGACUUGACUAUGUACAUUCCUAUUAUUUUGAACUUACGGAUCAAUAGAAACAUUGGGUUAAUUUAUUCAGUCACCAUUGUUUUGUGAACAAAAGACAUAGGAUUGCACAUAGUUAUUUAGGGAGUUUCCAACAUAAACUGUAGCACAUUUGUUUUCAUCUUUGAUAUUUGCCAGCUUUCUUAACCAGUCUCCUCUACUAACUGUGCUCUGGGAUACAAAAUAUCGUUGUGUUUUGAUUUUGAAUCGGCCACUGUUUUGCAGAUGACAUUGUUCAGUUCCUGUCAGGAAAUGACCAAAACCGCACUGCAAGUGAGCCUUCGUCAGCUUCCUCGGUUGAGUUAGAACUUUCUGUGCGGCAAUCAUUCCAAGAAGAAGAUGAUGAUGAUCAGUUACUGCAGCUCGACAGCAAUGGAUCAAACUCUCAGUCCCCUUCGCCAAGCUCUAGUGACUGUGACUUGGCCAUGUAUAGUGAUCCUAAUGGAACAUUUGAUAUGCAACUGUCGACACCACUUAUGCGGAGCAGAACCUCACAGUCAAGAACUACAGUUAGACAGACAGGCCAAUCUGGCAACUUUCUGCAAAGCUUUUUGUACCAUUGGUUGGGAGUUCCAAUUAAGAAAUAUCCUAUUGUUGUUGUUGUGUGUUUUGUGAUGGUCCUUGUGGCAUCCAUAACGUUAGACAGUAUGAUCCACGCUUCUACAAAGCCUCCAGCAUUUUUCAAGGAAAGCACCAAUUUACAGCAGUUGUUGUACUUGAAGUACAAUAUGAGUAGUGACAACCUUAAUGUGAAUGAUUUAGGCUUGGAUAUCAUAGGCAAUGAUAAUGUACACUCCAACCAAAUUCCUAACCCUAAGACACCAAAAACAACAGCUACGGAGACAAAUGGGUUGAAAAGCCCCACAACUAUCCCUUCCCCUGCUACUGCUGCACAGCGACCUGGCAAGCCAAAGUCAAGCGGAAUACAACUGCAGUCCAAUCCAACAAAGUCUACCACAUCAGCUUACAGGCAAACUACCACUCUUCCACCUGAGAAAUCAUCAACUUUAACACUAACACCUGGAACUCAAAAGGCAUCAAAGUAAGGCUUGUUUCAAAAAAGUUAGAGUAAUGAUCUUAAUGAGAAAAUGACAUUCCUUGCAUUAUUUAAAUUGCAUGUGUGCUUAGAGACUGGUUGUCAUGUAAGGAACUUGAUUCUGUGUAAUAUUAUUAUCAAGGCUGUGCUCUAUGAGAAAUUUUCUGGACCCCAGUGCUCUGGAAAAUUUGGGUGCCCAGCAUAAACUAAGAUUUGAUCCUAGUCAUCCUAAAGCAAAAGUGAGGUGCUGCGGGCUACUGGGCAUAGCUAGGGCACAGUCCUGUGCAUAAAUUUGUAUAAUUUAUUUAUUUGUUGGGGGAAGGACUUUAUACAUUUAUAUACAUUUAGCUCAUUUUUAAUCUCAAGUAAGAUCAAGAACAACAAUAGGUAACAAAAUAAUUUUAUGUAAAUUUAUAGACAUCAUACAAUGCUCUUAAAAAAAGUUCCAUUGAUAACUCGCAGGUUAAUAUAUUUUGUAUUUUUUAAAAAUUGAAGAACAGAUCUUGAAGAAAUUAAGUGUUCUAUGCUUUGGCACAACAUUGUUGUGUGUUGUAUCAGUCCAAACAAAUUGCUGUACGUUUUUUUAAUGCAAUUCUGCUGGUUUUUCUUGUAAACAUUACUCGAUAUGGAGAAAAGAGCAUUUUCACUCUCAUGGCCAGCAUCUAGAUGCAAAUUUAUUGCAACAAAAGAAAGUUUUUACGGAAGAAAAGAGUUCAAAUUCCCAGAGGAUUGGUUCAGAAUACCAACAUGGUGGCCGUUUCAUUGUUUUGGAACACCUAUAUGGCCGUUGCGAUGUCCUGUGAAAACACUCUAUAGGACGUAGAUAUUUUAUACUGGGCUACUUAUCUCCUCCUGAAAUUCAUGUUUCCUCAUAAGAGGGUCCAUAGUGUUUGCAUUCAAGUACUAAUUAAAAACAUUUGUUUUCGGUCUCCAACCAGGAGCACCAAGAAAUCCACUUCUCAGGAGGUUACAGGUUAGUUUACUUUCAUCUCUAUGAUUCUUAUGACAAGGCUUUAAAUGGAAUUUUCUUGUUACCUUGUGUUCAUUAUAAUCCCUGUAUCUACUGCUUUGAUGUUGUUCUUGACUGCACUCACAAAAAAACCUCCCUUGUCAGAAGCAGAGAAUUGCAAGGGUGUACUUAUUACAAUCUUUAUUAAGGUAAAACCUUUUUGUUUUAUCACAGAGCCACCAAAGACGACACGAAAACUCAAGCAAGGUAAAUGAAUAGAUAUACGGUAAAGUAAACAGAAACACCUUUUAACCCUUUAAGCCUCAAUAUCCACCUACAAAUUCUCCAAACUGAUCUCUAUACAUUUCCUUCAAGAAUAAGUUGAGAGAAUUUGAUAAAAGAUCAAGGCAUUUUCCCUUAGGUGAUCACUUUAUUAAUUCUCAUAACCUAAUCUAUUGACAUUGUCUGGAUAUCGUUAGGAGAAAAUUGACGUUAGACGCUAUUGGGACUUAAAGGGUUAAAUAAUACUCUAAUAAUAAUAAGCUCUUUAUUAAUUCCAAAAACAAAUGUUCCGGAUUACAAUUGACAGUUAGAUAAAAUUGAAAAGACACCUUUUGAUAAAACAGUCUUAAAUAAACAUCAGUCCUAAUUUGAGUAAGUACGUAGAAAUGACCACUGUUCCUUAACAAACGCGACAAAAUUUGUCUUGUGUGAUCAUGUCUGUAAUUCUCAUGACCACUCUGUUUUACAAAGCACUGAUAUUACAAGGAGAAAUUUGAUGCUGACCACUCUUAGGGCUUAAAGGGGUAAUGAGUUUUUAAAGUAUUUUUAAUGGCCUAAGGACUUUUUCCUUUUGGAGCCCACAAUCAUAAUCUCCAGGUUACUACUAUGCAUGCUUGGUGCUUAUAUAGCUGCCUUGCAAGCUUCAUUUGGACUUCCACUAAGAAUGAAUGGAAUGCUCAGAAUGCAAUUUGAUCUGACGCGCGUUUGGACCUUUUAUCACUCAUAAUCUGAUUACGUGUGUUUCCAUCAUCUAUCGCAUGAAAUUUAUGCAAAGCCUAGCGUAGGAGCAAAAGUGUUUUGAUCUUCAAUCAAUUUCGUGUGCAGCCCAUAACUUUUGGUUAUUACUAAUACGUAUCAAUGGUAAAUGUUAUAAACUAUUGUUUUCACUGCAUGUUAUAUAGCCACCAGCAAAUCUAGUACCAGGUCAACCACUUCAACUGGUGACACAACACUACCUACCGUGUGCCCUCCAGGCAGCUGUAAGGCUAUUGACAAACCCCUAGUGGAUACAGCAGCGACUGUUUAUGUGAUAUUUGGUUUGAAAGGCAUUGAUCGCAGCAAAAUAACUAGAGAACAUGUUAUUGAGAAGAAGGUAAACUUAAACAUUAAAUGUUCACAUUAAAAUCUUGAGUGCAGCAGUUCGUUCAUUAUUGACUGGAUAUUAAAUAGUACAGUCAACCCUUUAAUUUCAAAUUUCCUUUUCUAAAACUCUAAAAGAAUAAUACUACGCAAAAAUCCCUAUGAUGGAUAAGGUUUCACGUGAAUGGUAACUCCACAGGAUUUUGUCUACAAAUUUAAAUGUUAGAGAAGUGCAUUUUUUGGUAUUAAGAGGAUGAACAUUUCUGCUUUAGGGUGACGUUGUUCCAGACUAUGAUUUCACUGACCUGUUAUUAAACAGCUGGCCAACAUUUCUCAUGUAUGCAUGCCGGUUGUGCCACAAACUUAGCAACAAUUCCAAGCUGGUUCGACCUGGUGGGGCAGAUUGUUUCCCGACAUGGAUCAUGGACUACAUUAACGACCCUCAAAGACGUCACGAUGACUGGAAUAAAGAUUGUUUAAAGAUCAAAAAAGCGUUGCGCAGCACAGGGAAAUCGCGUGCGAAGCUCAUGAAAAUGCCGUCAAAGGACCCUAAACAUGGCAACUAUACCUACUGGAUGAAGAUGGCAUUUGAAUCGGUAUUGCUUUUUAUUAUUAAGUAUUUUCUGGCGGGGGUUCUUGGUCUGCAGUUUAAUCAAAAAACACGAAUUAAAGGUUCAACGCCAUUUUACUCCCUUACAUCAGGGCUUUCAUUGAAAUUUCAAGUUGCCAGGUAAACGAUACAUGUAGGCAGGGAAUCAAACAGCUAAUGAUACUGCUUAGCUUUUUCUUCUUUUUUACUACUUAAGUAAGCGGGGUUACAUUCAUACUAGCCGGGGAAAAUCCCUGGCCUCCUGUCCCUAAUGACAGCCCUGCUUAUAUGUAUAAUCAUUAAAUUUUUUUAUGAGGCUCAUGGCUAUGCUGUUAUUAAAAGUAAGUUUUGGUCCUAACAACAAUUUGAUGAUCCUGUGGGUGUUCAGUUGAGCUUGAGUUUUGCUAAAUAAACUUGCAGAUUAUUAUCUCUCUACUACACCAUAUGUUUUCAAUUUGAUAGAACUUGAACUGAGAGUUUACUGAAUGGUUUAAUAUUCUUUUUUCUAGAUUUUUCCUUCUUGCAGUAAUUAUACAUUGCUGUUUUUUGUUUUAUUUCUUCCAAAGGAUGGGUGCAAAAACUUGCCAUGAUUCAUUUUACUAAUUUUCGCAGGGCUCUUAUCAUUCAAUAACUGCACUUUUUUCUGAGGAGGUUACCUUGGCUAAAGAACUUCUAUUAUUUUUUCUUUUAUUUAUUUUUGUCAGUAUGUAAGAUACUCAUCAGGGCAGGGCAGUCCUCUGGGAAUCAAGGAAGUGGUAAAACAGGGAGCCCAGCUGCUCUAAAACUAUUGGGUACCCUGCACAUAGGUGUUCUCGAAAGGAGAAGGUGGCACCACUAACUUAUCUGCUAAAUCACAGCCCUGACGUCACUGAGUCUCUAAACCGUAAUUUCUUUCGUAUUCAAAGGAGACAGACUGGCAAAUUGUUGUUGUUGGAAUGUCAUAACUGUUCAUCAGUAGAAUGACUAAAAGGUGUUCAAUUCCACAGUACUAUUGGUUUCGGGCUUAUGAAAUCCUAUUUCAUUCAUGAAGGUUAUUUUAAGUGGCUGUAUAGAAAUGGUUUAUAUGACUAAAACAAAAAUCAAAGAUCUCUUUCAUUUGUUGUAGACUGUUUUCAUGGGAAAAUCUUCUCAAGAGAAGGUAAAGGACUAUGACAACUGGAACAACUUCUUAGAAGAAGAACUCAAGUCUUAUCCCAAAGGUCUAAAGACAGCCUUCCAGACAAGCAAAGAAUGGGUGAUGACAUUUAUGGAAGUCAUUGCUGUGAACAGUGCUAUCUAUGGCAUUGCUUUGUCACUCGCGUGGUGUCUGGGCUUAGUUGCCAUCUUUACAGCCAACUUCUUUCUGACACUGAUUGUUACGAUCACCAUUCUAAGUAAGUGGAUUUCUUGACCUUAAGGUUCAGGCCCCGGUUGUUCAAACGUAAGGUAGCCCUAUUCAUGUUAACUCUCUAACCAACAGAAAAGCAUUAACCCUUGAAGUCCCAAUAGUGCUCAAAAUCAAUUUUCUCCUAACAAUAUCCAUAGACUAUCAUGAGCAAAGUCUAUGAGAAUUAACAAAAUGAUCACAAAGAGAAAAAUAUUUGAUCUUUUACCAAAUUCUCUCAACUAAUUCUUCAAGGAAAUGUAUGGAGAUCAGUUUGGAGAAUUUGUAUGUGGAUAUUGGGGCUUAAAGGGUUAAGGAAACCAGUUGUGUCAUCCACUGGAUAGAGAUUUAGAUUUAUCCAGCGCAGGACAGCAUUAUACACCCUUUGAAAAGCAACAUUGCUGUAAAAAGAGUUGUAAAGCUAUGUUGUGCAUUGUGCCAGCCACGUUUAAACCUGUCAUGCAACAAAUCAGGUCGUUGAAGUUAAGGUCUUCAGCUGCAAUGGUACUAACCCCAGUGCUUUUUUCUUGAAGGUGUUUUAAGUACAGUCGUGGCAAUAUUUUACUUAGCAUCAUGGCAGCUGGGAGCAGUGGAGGCUAUUUCUCUUUCCAUCUUAGUUGGCACGUCAGUGGAUUACUGUGUCCAUCUCGUAGAAGGCUACAUCAUGGCUGGAAACUCCAUUCCUGCACAUCUAACCUCGUCGAAGGUUGGUUUAUAUUUAAAUAUCUUGUCUGAUCUGUCUAUUAUGUUGGAGUGCAUUACCCUACAUGUUUGUAUCCACUUUUCGUUAUUGUAUUUGUUGAUUAUUUUAUGGGUUUUGCUUCAAUAAAUGGAGUAUAUUGUAAACGCAAAUAUGUUACUGGCCUCUCUAACACAAGUACAUAAUUAUAUUUUACAAGAAAUUUGUCUUGCAGCCCGCUAUAAAUAUCUCUCACUAUUAACCCUUACAGCAGUGUAGACGUCAAGAGUGACCAACAUCAAUACAUGAUCAAGAGACUAGGUUAUGAGAAAUAGUGAAUAGAUUACCUAAAAGAAAUGUUUUGAUCUUUAAACACAGUCUGUAGGGAAAUGUGUGGAAAUCGGUCAAGAGAAUUGGUAUGCGGGUACAGGGGUAUAAGCAGUUAAGGAUGCCUUGAAUUUUUCUUUUGUUCAACAAAGAACUCCAAUCUCUAUUUGACAGUAAAUCACUGGCCGACCAUCCGAACUGUUCGAGGCAUCGUGAUGUCACGCACAUACAUUACGUAACUGCCACUCUCAGUUUCCGCUGCAAGUGGCCACAGAAUUUGCAAGUGUUGUCGUUUUAUUAUGUAUUAGUUGGGGGUGUCGGUUUUUAGCAACUGAAAACAUCACAAAAACUAAGAACACGCCACCAAAAACGUAAGAUAAGUUAUCUUUAUUCAUUAUUCGUACAUUAAAUCAACAUUUGGGAUCAAAAGGGUGCAGGCAAAAUUCUUUGUUUUAUGAAGCAUUUCUACCGAUCACUUGAAUCAAGCUGAGAGAUUGAGUUACAAAAUACAGUAAAUGUACGGGAUCACAUGUCACACGUGACAUCGCGAUGCCUGGAAUAGUUCAGAUGGUCCACCUAUGGUAAAACACACAUCAGCAUCUGACCAUUUUUGUAUUCUCUUGUACUAACAAUCAUUAUGCUUCUUUGCUUUACAGGAAAUUCGUGGUUGGAGGUCAUUAGCUGCUGUGUCUCACAUUGGCACAGCCAUUCUUAGCUCAGCUGUAACAACAAUAGUUGCGUCAAUACCUCUGUGCCUUGCCACAAUUCAGCUGUUUGCCAAGUUUGGUCAAAUCCUGGCCAUCAACACAGCAGUAUCAAUUUACUACACCUUGACAAUCUGUGUAGCAUUGCUGUGCUUGAUGGGCCCAGUAAGGUUCCGCGCUUCAUGGAAAUCAUCUGUGAUUGCUCUGCUGGUUGUUGCGAUAGUUUACUCAAUCCCUACACUCAUUCUGUUUUUUGUUAACUGGAAAGUUGUCACCAUACCUGGCCCUGCAGGGGAGCCUUUGUUUCCAAAGCCUAACUGAGUUAGGUUACCUUCUUUUGCUCUCCAGACUGCCCCAACUUAAAAUGUAUUUAAAGUGUCUCAACUGCAUCUUUAAGUGGGAUACAUCUGUGAUUUGGGCAUUUACUACUGUGCCAUUAACAAAGAUGUUGGAAAAAGGUUACCACAGCUGUAUUAUGUAAAGAUGAAAAUUUGUUAUGAUCCAUAUCUGUCAUUGGAGUUCCCAUGGCUAUGUUAUUAUGCCAUUAUGUAUUUACUCGCCUUUGUAUUUCCAGUUACUUUGCAAAAAAAAGUUAAUGGAAGCUUUAUGUUGCCAUGGCAACUGUGAUGUAAAAAAAACACAGAUCGUUACAAAUUUUCAUUCUUAUUUAAUACAACUAUGGUAACUGUUUUCCAAUUAUAUCUAUGAUAAUAGCAAUGUAGUAAAUACUCAAAUUUGGGAGGGAUCCCCUCCUAAAAAUCCAGUCGAGCCACCAUAAAACAACUUAGUAGGGAGGGGUAAUUGUUUGCUCCUUCAUUCCCCUAACAAUAAUAAUUCACAAAAUAGUGCUGCCGCUCCCCAAAUACUACUCUCUUUAGUAACAAUACAGUAGUUAUUCGGUGACAUUGUAUUUGCUGAUGUUGUUUUUAAUAUGACUUGUCAUAAAUUUUUCUUGUUGAUUUGGAUCUUAAAAGGGCAAAGACCUUGAAAACUAACUUCUUGAAUAAGUGUUUCCCUCAAAUAAGACAAUAUCAGCAAGGCGUGGCUGCAGCGGUGUUUUGAGUUAAUACUGUAGGUUAAAAACCGACUGUUCAUGAAAACUGUAUGACACUAAACUUGUUUAGCCUGCUUUUCUGUAAGUUAUGUCACAAAUUGUUGUGAAUUUUGUGGGUGAGUCGUGUUUUGGGGACGCAAAGUAUGGUGUUUGUAUAAAUUUUUAUUUUAAGCACAAGCUUAGCACAUUUUGCAAUGAUAUUAUAAAUAAAUUUAUAAGAUGCUGUGUAAAGUAUGUAGGUAAAGACAUGAUAUUUUUGUACUUUUAGGUAUAUAUAAUUUGUUUGCACUUCACUGGGCUUUGUAGCCUUCUUGGGAGGAAUUUGUUGGAGGGGGGAGGAGAGAUGAGCGCUUUAAGCCUCAAGAGUGACCAACAUCAAUUUUCUCCUAAUAAUAUCAAUACACAAUCAAGAGAAAUGGUUAGGAGAAUUAACAAAAUGAUCACCUAAGGGAAAAUGCAUUGAUCUUUAAACAUAUUCUUCCAACUAGUUCUGUAAGAAAAUGUAUGGAGAUCAGUCUGGAGAAUUGGUAUGUUGAUAUUGCAGUUUCAGUUCCAGUUUACUCUUUCAUUGACUUCAUUUGAUGACCCUGUGGACAUGGAGUCCCAUUUUCGAAUUGACAUUCAACCAAUGCAGCCAAACGAACCUUUGCUUGCGUGCCCCUGUUCACUUGUUCAAAAGAGAUGUUCAAUAAAUUUGCAACAUAAUCUUGCAAUAUUGGGGCUUAAGGGCUGGAUGCCUUUAUUCCCCCUCAACCUCUUCCUUUAGAUUAAUUCCUGCCAUGAAGACUAUGGACUGUGAGAAUGUGACAGUUGUGUUGAGAUGUUACUUUGGUCGAAGGCAUUUUACAGUCACUCAAUCUUUGUUAUCACCAAAAUUGUCAUGUGAUGUGCAACCAACAGAUGCUUUUUAAAGUGCCAGGAUUUUCAUGUUAUACACUGUACUGUAGUGGUCUUAAUUUGUACACGUAUUUAACCUGAAGUCGUUGUCGACUAUCACCUUUUUCUACCCUUCCACUGCAGCGUACAUUGGAAAGCCCAGGAUGUUACCAAUCGUUUUGUAGCUUUUUGUUACACUGCAGUUUUAAAUCCUUUUCUUCGUAUACCUCACUAUGGCCAGGUUAUUUGUCUUUUUGAACUUUGGUAUCUAUGGGUGAAAAAUUGUGAGGUUACCAAACCACUAAAUUGAAGCUUCUUUGACAACUUCAAGUAAAAAGUACGUUUUACUUCUUAGCUUUUGCCAACAAGGAACUCUUAACUUUAUUGAGUCCCCGUAUUGGGAAUGAAAGAGUUAGUGUGCUUUUCGUAGUUGUUCAGCUCAAUUUCCAUCACACAACCCUUGUGAUACAGAGAUAAAGCUCUGAUACUUCUUUUUAUCCAGAUUUUACUUAUGAAGCGAGGAAUUAUCACAGUCAACUUUUUAGUUUUAAAAUCCUGUAGCAAAAUGACCAAACAUUGCCGAGGGCUGCUCUUUCAAUUUUUAGUUGUA